AUGAUAUCAAAACCGGCACCAGAGUGGGAGGCAACAGCAGUUGUAAAUGGAGAAUUUACUCAGCUGUCUUUGUCCAGUUUCAAAGGAAAAUACUUGGUUUUUUUCUUUUAUCCCUUAGACUUCACCUUCGUUUGUCCAACUGAAAUAUUAGCAUUUUCUGAAAGGAUAGAAGAGUUUAAGAAAAUUAAUACAGAAGUAGUAGCCUGUUCUGUUGACUCUCAUUUUACGCAUUUAGCUUGGAUAAACACACCACGUAAAGAAGGUGGUCUGGGAAAAAUUAAUAUACCACUCUUAAGUGAUUUAACACAUUCGAUAGCUAAAGAUUAUGGUGUUUAUUUAGAAGAUUUAGGUCAUACCCUGAGAGGAUUAUUUAUAAUUGAUGAUAAAGGUAUUUUAAGACAAAUUACUAUGAAUGAUUUGCCAGUUGGCAGAUCAGUAGAUGAAACUUUAAGACUUGUUCAAGCAUUUCAAUAUACAGACAACCAUGGAGAAGUCUGCCCAGCUGGAUGGAAACCAGGUCAAGAUACUAUAAUUCCCAAUCCAGCAGAAAAGAAAAAAUAUUUUGAAAAAGUAGCAAAAAAUUAA